AGCAGGGGUGGGACGAGGGGCGGGAGCCAAAGUCCCAUUUCUGAGCAGGCAGCACCUCUGCCAAGGCCCUCGCCCUCUCCACAAGAGAGAGCCGUGGGGAAGGCAGUGCUCUAAAGGCUGGUAGCCCGGCGGGCACCCCAAAGCCUGGAGAGACAGCCGGCCGUGCAGCUGACCCAUUAAAUCCAAAAACUACUGCUGUGCGCUCAUCUGAUCCAAGAUGUUUCCUGAAUAGAAGGAGGAAGGACCUGGGUUUGCGUCCUGGCUUGUCACCACCUGACUGAGUGACCUGGGCUCAUCACACCCCCUCUUGGAAUUUGUUUCUCCAUUUCAGCAGUGAAGGGGUUGCCUCACGGUGUACAGAUGUCUCCUGUUCUGAAAUGGUGUCUUGGAUUCUAGACUUUCACGUGAUAUUGGAGAAGUCUGGCCAGGGCAUGGGAAUCUGAAGUGCCAAUGGCCCUGGGCCCCGCUCUCUGCUCAGCCUGACUCAUCUCUGCUUGAGACUUGGGAAUGACCCCCAGCUCCCCUACGCACCUGGCUUUGCACCUACUCCUCUCUCUCCCACAUACUCACGCCCCAGAGGACUUCUCUUCCAUCGCCGGGCAGGGCACCAGGGCCCAGCAGGAGCAGAGGAGCCAGACCCCUGUCCCAGACCCAGAGGCAGCCAUGGGGGCCUGUGCCAUUGUGACUGAUGCCAACAUCUCCUCUGGCCUUGAGAGCAAUGCCACGGGCAUCACGUCCUUCUCCAUGCCUGGCUGGCAGCUGGCACUGUGGGCUGCCGCAUACCUGGCCCUCGUGCUGGUGGCUGUGACGGGCAACGCCACCGUCAUCUGGAUCAUCCUGGCUCAUCCAAGGAUGCGCACGGUCACCAACUACUUCAUCGUCAACCUGGCCCUGGCCGACCUCUGCAUGGCUGCCUUCAACGCCGUCUUCAACUUCAUCUACGCCAGCCACAACAUCUGGUACUUCGGCCGUGCCUUCUGCUACUUCCAGAACCUCUUCCCUGUCACAGCCAUGUUCGUCAGCAUCUACUCCAUGACUGCCAUCGCCGCCGACAGGUACAUGGCCAUCGUACACCCCUUCCAGCCACGGCUCUCAGCACCCGGCACCAGGGCAGUCAUUGCUGGCAUCUGGUUGGUGGCCCUGGCCCUCGCCUUCCCCCAGUGCUUCUACUCUACCAUCAUCAUGGACCAGGGAGCCACCAAGUGUGUGGUGGCCUGGCCUGAAGACAACGGUGGCAAGAUGCUCCUUUUGUACCACCUUAUAUUGAUCGCCCUCAUCUAUUUCCUACCUCUCGCGGUGCUGUUUGUCGCCUACAGCGUCAUCGGCCACACGCUCUGGAGACGCACGAUCCCCGGGUACCAUGCGCACGGUGCCAACACGCAUUACCUGCAAGCCAAGAAAAAGUUUGUGAAGACCAUGGUGCUGGUUGUGGUGACAUUUGCCAUCUGCUGGCUGCCCUACCACCUCUACUUCAUCCUGGGCAGCUUCCAGGAGGACAUCUACUGCCACAAGUUCAUCCAGCAGGUCUACCUGGCGAUCUUCUGGCUGGCCAUGAGCUCCACCAUGUACAAUCCCAUCAUCUACUGCUGCCUCAACCGCAGGUUUCGCUCUGGAUUCCGGGUAGCUUUCCGCUGCUGCCCUUGGGUCACACCGACCGAGGAGGAUAAGAUUGAGCUGACUCACACUCCGUCCCUCUCCAGGAGAGUCAACAGGUGUCACACUAAAGAGACUUUAUUCAUGAAUGGGGAUGUGGCCCCUUCCGAGACUACCAACGGGCAGAGUGGGGGUCCCCCAGAUGGAGCAUCUGCUGAACUCUGAAGCCUUAUGCUUGGCUGCAGGGUGAGGCUUAGCAUCCUUCGAGCGGUAGCCGCUUAGGAGGACCAGAUCUGAAAGUUUGGCCCAUGUGUCACCCUUCGAUACAUCAAAGGAAAAACAAGAUGGGGCCAGGAACGCUACCGUGGAUGGUGACUCUAAAAGGACCCAGCCGUCCCUUUCAGACAGUGCUUUACGAGAAACGAGAGUCAAAGAAGACACUGUGCGCUAAUGCUUAUCUAAUGCAGGAGUGGCAAGUUCAGACGCCUUCUUGGGGCAACAAUGUAAUGAGUAAAUAGGAUCCAGUAUAAAAGAAAAACUGCAAAUAUGAUGAUAAAAGGCAACUGGCUUCCAAUGUUGGGAUAACACGGAAUGGUGGAGACUGUGGCAAACUGAAGGGUAUAGGCUUCCAAAGGGACAGUCGCUGAUCAGCUCUGUACAAAUGUUGCCAUGUGGUAAUGGGAGCCCAUUGUUGCUGCAUCUUCUAAAUCAAGAGAAGCUACAAGUGCACAUUUGUGAGAUUUCUAGACUUAAAAAAUUUUGUUCACAUCUUUAUCAGUGUUGGGUAAACCAAAGCAAACACACCUGCAGGCAGCACCCAAUGAUGACACUGAUUCAUUAUCAGGUUAAAGGACACAAGGGAAGAAGCUUCUUAUUUGGCAAAGCCUGUGAGUCAAUCCGGGGCUUCUCUGCCUCAGCAUCUAAGAACUCAAGCUCCAGCCCAGGGUAGAUGCUGGUUAAGAGUCAAAGGGAUUGAAGAAUUGAAAAAAAAGGAGUCAAAAGCGGUGUUGCCUCAGACCAGUCAUCCUGACCCUCUGCCUCUACCUCACAGAGAUGCUGUGAGAAUGACAGAAGUGAUGCCUAGAAACUACCAGGCCAAACACGGAUUAAGUGCUCAACAGUCAGCAGCCAUCGUUUUUACUACCAUGCCAGCUGUUUUACACGAAUGCCUCCGCAAGGCAGCAACACAACUCGCACCCGCAUUUCCACAGUGAGAAGGGGGCAGGCAGACAAUACCAACUGUCUUGACUCCCAGAAAGCUCCAGUCUAAUCAUUCUGUUUGCCGACUCACCCUCCAUGCCCCAGGGUCCCUCCAGAACCAUGUUACACUAUAAUUGCACAUCCGUAGAGUUUAAUGUUAUCUGUAUUCUCCACAAAGAUCACUGUGCCAUGGGCACCAGCAGUGUCAAAUAAAGGGACUCUGGUCUUGCCAAACCAAGUGAGCAUUCAAUCAGUCCUGGGGGAAGCCACCUAGAGCUGUAGUCACGGCUUGGGAGACUCACAUGGCACCUAAUCACAAAGGACCAGAAUAUGGACUGAUGUGGGAUCCACCAAUGGACCGAGGGUGAAUCCAAAAUGGUGGAACAGCAACCUUGAGGUGGGGUAGGGACGCAAGGCUCCAAUAAGGGCUCGU